AGGAAUACGGAAGAAAGUGAGGACGGGCACGGAGGAGUCCUGAGCAUGGCACACAAUGUGCAGAACGUUACCCUGGCACUUACCCUCCCCAUUACCUGCCACAUCUGCCUAGGCAAGGUACGGCAGCCCGUCAUUUGCGCCAACUAUCACGUCUUCUGUUCGGUUUGCAUUGAUCUGUGGUUGAAGAACAACAGCCAGUGCCCGGCAUGCAGAGUGCCUAUAACCCGGGAGAAUCCCUGCAGGAAUAUCAUCGGUGGGACAAGUGAAGAUGAAGGCACGUUAACUCAUUCAGGCCGAAUGCACCUCCGGAAAACUAGACUUGAGCUUCUUCAGAAAGAAUAUGAGGAAGAAAUAGAAUCACUAUCAAAAGAGACAGAAGAGCUAAAAAGAGCAAAUCUUGAAUUAGAAGAGCGCCUCAGUGGAGCCUCCAAUCCAGCUGCCGAUUCCAUAUCCUGCAAUUGUGGGAAGAAAGAAGCCGAGGGCGGAAGAGGCAUUAGUGAGGGUCUGUUGGAAGAAUGGAGCAGAAAGCUGGAAAUGGUGAAUACUGCCAACAAAAAAGUUGUAGAGGACAUUGAAAAGUUGAAAGAGGAAAACCGAAAGCUGAGAAAUGAGAAUAUUCAAUGUGCAAGAGAAAACUUGAGACUGAAAAAUGAAGUAGACCUCCGAUCACCGCAAAAGUUUGGAAGGUUUACAGUGGCUGCACUGCAAGCAAAAGUAGAUCAGUAUGAGCGGGAGAUGAGCAGGCUUAAAAAAGCUCUGGAGAGGAGCGAUCAAUACAUAGAAGAACUAGAAACUCAGGUUGAGCAAUUGAAAAAGCCACUAGAGGAUACACAAAAAGAAAAAUCUCAGUGUGGAAAUCCUACCGAUGUACAUGUAACAGAUUCUACAACCACAUAUACCUGCCAAGAACUGAAUGCAACACAGCAGCUUUCGAGCCACAGCCAUCAAACAGGGGAAUGUUCAGAAGAAUUCAGUAGCACCUGCUCCAAUUCAAAUGGACACUCAUUCAGAUUAAACAAACUAAAAUCUCUUGAUGAAAAAGAAGGCUCCCCUGAGCUGAAAAGUACAUUUAGUAGGUAUUCAUCUGCUUCAUUAAACAGCAGUGAGCAGACGAGUAUAGAUAGCAAGAGUCAGAAGGCAGGUGCAGAAUUAGCUCAAGGUUUUGGAAGUCCUUCUUCUUCUUUGCCUUUUAGUUCUCUUCACUUGAACACACCAGAUAGCAAAGCAAACUGCUCUUCCAGCCAUGGUCAUUUAAAGAAACCUCUUACAUAUCUCAGAAAAUUGGUGUUUGUUGAUUUGCCUAAGAGAAAUGAAGUCUGCAAUUCUAACUGUUCUAUUAGUGAAAACCAUUUGAGUACCGGGGAGGGCCCAGCAUGGUUUAGAGAGCCAAAGCCAAGUAUUUUUUGCCAGAACUAUAGUGAAUCAGGAGACAGUAAAUUACCAGGACAAAACAAUUAUUUACAAUUAGGUAACCCAAAGAAUAGUGCACCAGAUCAUAGAGAAGGCCUUCAGGAUACUAACCAAAGUAGGACCUUAGUUGAAAAUGCCAUGGAUAAGCACUGUCAUGAUACGGUCAAUGAGCUUAAUACUGUUAUGUGUAAUGGAAGAAGUCAACAUUCAUAUCACGGCAAUGCUUCUUCUGGGUCAGGAACAAAUUUGGAUUUUCCAAGUGAUUCUACAGUCAAAGUUGGUAAGAGUUCUGGAGAUACUGCAUCAUCUCACCUAGGUGGAGAACCUAUUGUGUCUGUUUCAUUUCCUCCAUGUUCUUCAUUUGCAGUUAGGGAUGGUAAAGAAUCUCAGGAUAAAAACUUUCCUGGCCAUCUGCCAUGUGAACCAUCAUUACAAUCUAAGGGGGAGCUAAUAUUUAAUUCUGGUUCUGUAGAAGCAGAGUGUACUGGACAUGGAUCAAAGUCAACCUGGCUGUCCCACUGUAACCCCCAAACCUACAGUUACAGUCCUCCGGCAAAACGGAAAUUGCAAAACCAAUCUAGUGACAGUCCUACAAAAUCCGCAAAGCCCUGAGUAGAUUGUGUUGUAAAGUUAUAGGUUGUUUCAAAUGAAGUCCCUAAUGAUUGUGCGGAUAUGAGAAUCUAACUUCUCAUUUCUUAUGAGUUUUAGAGUAAUUUAUAAAUCAUUAUAUCACUUUUGUAGCAAAUUACCUGUUGUUUUCCUAGUUUGCAGAAUAAAGAAACCACAUUCCAUUAUACUUUUCAAGUCAUAUUGUAAUUUAAUUGGCAG